AUGAAUCAUUUUCCUGAAGCCUGGGGCAGACCAAGGAACGAUGUAUAUGGGCCUUACAAUCUGUCAUACCUUCAGACUUCUGGCCCCAAGUCACAUACUCAGUCUCCGGCUGUGACGGGCACGUCGGUAGUAGCGGUCAAGUUCAAUGGAGGAGUUGCAGUCGCCGCCGAUAACUUGGCAUCAUAUGGCUCUCUUGCUCGAUUCUCGGACGUCAAGCGUCUACGUGUAUUCGGUGAAUCUGCCGUCAUCGGAUUCAGUGGUGACGUGUCUGAUAUGCAGCAUAUCGACCGCCUUUUGGAGUCGAUUGAUAUCCGGGAGAAUUACUCGACCCAUGGAAACACGCUGAAUGCGAAAAAUCUCCAUACCUACUUGUCCAAGGUUUUCUACAAGCGGCGUUCGGAGUUCAACCCACUGUGGAAUCAAGUCCUUGUUGCUGGGUUCGACGGUAACAACCAGCCUUUCUUGAGCUCUGCAGAUUUGCUCGGAACAACAUUUUCAGCGCCACACCUUGCUACUGGAUUCGGUGCCCAUCUCGCUAUUCCGAUCCUGCGUCGACUGUUUCCCGAUGAAAAGACUGUUGAAGAAAUUACCAAGGAAGAGGCGGUGAAUGCGUUGAAAGAGUGUCUCAAAGUUUUGUGGUACAGAGAUGCACGGAGUCUCGACAAGUUCUCGUUGGCAGUGAUUACCAAGGAAGGAGUGGAGAUGCAUGAGGACCAGAAGAUUGAGAAGCAGAGCUGGGCAUUCGCCGAGUCCAUCAGGGGAUACGGAGCUCAGGUUAACUGA